CAACCACUUUAUUGCGAUUACAACAGUGAUUACAAUUGCAAUAACAUUGGCGAUAUACUAUACCUUUCUUUUCGAAACUUAUUGUUCAAUUUUAUCCGCAAAUAUGCCUAUAACUUGUGUGGUGUAUGGUUGUGGAAAUAGUACAAGAAAUGGAAACUUUUCAUGGCACCGCUUUCCAGAUGCAGCAAAACACCCACAUCUUUUGGAGAUGUGGGUGUCUAGCAUUAAGCAAAACUCUCGAACUAUGAUUGAGUUUGCCCCAAAUAAAUGGAGUCGGAUUUGUUCAGAACAUUUUUCUGACCAUAUGAAGGAAACAGUCGGGAAUAGAGUUGUGUUAAAACUGAAUGCGGUGCCAACUAUAUUCAAAAAUGCUGUGAAUAUAGACUACAGUGAUGAAGGGGCUAAAGGUUUACUAGAUGCUGCUAGUUAUAUAGAAACACAACUCAAUAUUCCUGUGAAUGAAGUAUGUAUUGGAAAAUCUAUUGUAAGUGAGGAGGUUGAAUUUGAAAAAAGCCUUGUGCCCAUGCCAGAUUUAGUCAUGGAUGAUAAUCAAAUAAAUUUGACCCAGAAUGACUGUACUAUUGAAGAACAUGAUAGUCAGGUGAUCAAUUUCAACUGUUUAUUGCAUGAUCAUACAUACAGUUGUCAAUCUCCUUAUAGACUGAAGCGUCAGUUAGAGGAGGUCAUUGAGAAAGCUGAGUCACUUAAGAAAAAACUUAAGAACAGCAGAAUGCAAAAUGGUAGACUGAGAAUGAAAGUCAAUGAUAUGUCUUCCGUUGUUUCAAGUUUAACAGAGGAAGGUUUUGUUAAUGUUGAUCAGGCUGAAAUUCUUAACAAUACCCUUUCAGGAGUGUCAAGGGAUAUAUUUAAUAGGUUAACACAUGAAGAUAAAACACGUGUUUCCUACCCCCCUGAGCUAAGAUGGGGACUGGUGGUGGUCCAUCCCAAAAUAGAAGAAACAAAUUUCAUGGUAUGGUACAUAAUAUCAUUAUUUGUUAGAAACUAUGUUGUAAGAAUUACAAUUUUUUCAAUUUCCAUAGGCAGAUGUCAGAAGUGUGGUCUUUUUGGUCACCACAUAACCGAGUGCAGAGCAAGAAUGAUGUGUCGAUAUUGCAAAAAAAAAGGGCAUGUCAAACAAACAUGCCCUAUUUUAGCCAGAAAAAUUUCAUCUAGAAGAAGGGUGACAAACAUUUUCAAAAAUUGCCAAUUUAAAGGCAAAUUAAUGUAGUUUAUUGAAAAACAACGUUAAAUGUGUUAAUUGUGUUAUUACUAUAUUUCCUUAUAUUUUAUUGGAUAUUACAAUUUAUUUUAUUUA